AUGACAUCUGCACCUUUUCGAGUAAAAGUUAUUCCUGCGCCACCAACUAACCACUUGUUCAUUCUUGAUGUUGACCACAGUUCUGAACGAUUAGCGAAAGAUCCGGACAUUUUAUGCGCAUUUGCGGAAAAGUUGGCUAAUUCAUUAGGGGAUCGAUUUCCAAAAAAUUUGGUUAUUAGGAAAAUUGAGGCUAUUGAUAGUGUAAGGCGUCAGUCCCGUGUAAUUUUUUCUAAUGCUUCUUUGUCAUACAAAUAUUGUCAAAAAAAAGCAAUUGAUGCAAUUAAGCAUCUUAUGCUAACUAGAAGACGAGAUCGUAUCCGAGCCGAAUUUGUUCGAGCAAUGGAUAGUCGAUUUCAUGUGAGGAAUGUGAAAUUAGAAUUCCGAGGGUCUUGUAUGAAAGAAUCGCCAACAUCUCGUCUUCCAGCAAAUGUUUCGUUAUCCACAACCACCGUUACUCCGGAUCAUGAUGGUUCAUCUGUUCAACUGUGGUUGCCAAUUGCCCUUAUUGCAUUCCUUAAAUUUUUCUUGGCUACAUUGGCAUUAGUUUGCUGUUUGAUAAGACGAAAGAAAGCAAAAGCAGUUCAAUCAGAGUACAUUUCGAAAGGUUUGCCAGUGGUAUUUCCAGAAGAAAUCCCACAAGAAGAUGAAACAGCAACAGUAUCGACACCAAUGUUGGUUAAGGAAGAACGUCCACCGUUAAUUAUUUCUCAGCACGAGAAUCCUCUUUACAAACCACCUCCUCCGCUUUCUACUGCAUCAAGCCCGCGACCUCGAAAUGCAUUCACGAAUCAGAGACAACCUCCACCUUAUGUUCCACCAUAA